AUGGUUAACCUUCAUGAUUUAAAUACUGACUCCUAUGACGCAAAAGAUGAUUGUACUAGCUUAUACAUUGGGAAUAUAUUCAGCGAAAUUAAAGAUGAGAUAAAAAACACAGUUAUUGUUGAGAAUUUGCAAAAUGAAAAUUGUAUAAAAUAUGACAACAGGGGAUUAUAUAGUAUUAAUCAGAACAACACUAGUAGUAAUGGAAACAAGAAUGAUAAAUACAACAAUGAUUUAGUGAUAGAUGGCAGUAGUAAACUUGUCUCUAAAUCCCUUAAGAUAAAUAUACAAGAAUAUGUAAAUUUUAUAAGUGAUAAAAAGAAUGAAUAUAAAAAAAAGAAAAAGGAAUAUGUUAUUAAAUAUAUAAAUUAUAGAAGAUUAAAAAGUUUUCAUUAUAAAGAUAUGGAAUAUGUAUUUAAAAAAUAUUCAAAGUUUUUAUGUUUAGAAGAGAAGUGUUUAUUAUGUGAUAAUUACUUAUCAUUCUCUUAUUUAUAUCUUAAUAACCAUUUGAAAAACAAGAAUAGUCAUAAUGAAAAUACACACAAAUAUAAUAAUAAUUUAUUAACAUUUUGUGAAUGUUUAGAAAGUAUUGAAUAUUCUGUACUAUAUACAAGUGGAAAAAAGGAUAAUUGUUAUAUAGAUAUGAUUCAUUUGUUUAAGGAGAAUGCAUAUUUUUCUCUUGAUAUACAUAAAAAUAUUAUUAUAAAAGAAUUUAUUAAAAAUGUAAAAUUUACAGAAUUUUAUAAAUAUAAUUCUCUUAGUGAAAAUUAUUAUAACAGAUUUUCUAUUAAAAAAAAAAAUACUAUGAAUACAAAAUAUAUAAAUGUAUGUCAGUAUAUCGAGAAACCACAAUUAACUAUAGAUCAUGUUAAAGCUUUAAAUACUCAUGUAGAAAUUUUUACCCCACUUUUCAAAAUCCAUAACGUUAACAGUCUUUUAACGACGGUCGAAAAAAAAUUAUUAAUUGAUUGCUUAAAAGUUACCAAGAAAUUUUUUUUUUGUGAUAAAAUUGAUAAAUUGACGGUCAUAAUUUUUUGCUAUUUAAGUAAUUUAUACAAUAUCGUAAUGAGAUUAAAUGCGGAAUAUAUUUUGUGUUGUUACUCACAAAAACACCUGGAAUAUUUCUUAUACUAUUUCUUUCAAAAAAAUGCAUAUCCAGCAAGGAAAAUGAAAAUAUUAGCUAUAAAAAUUUACAAAAAUGAUGAUGAACAUGAUGAAAAAAGCGAUGAUAUGGAUUUAUAA